CUAUUAAAUUCAAGGACUAUAUAGUCUGUUUUGCUAAAUUAUCUUUUAAUUUAAUCUUGCCACCAGAAAAAAAUGCACAGCAAAAGUUUUAAGUGGUAACGCCUGUGUUAAAAUUGAGAAACAUUGAUCAUUUUAUAAAUUGUUUUGAAUGUGAAAGGAUAUACAAUAUUUUCGGUAUGGAGAAAAGUACUGGGAAGCCGAAAAGCCGAUUCAAACGAGUUAAAAAGGCGUUGUCGAUGUCAGCAAUGGGAAAGAUGUCCAAGGACGCUUUCAAGAGGAGUCAGAGCAUCGACCAUCAGCUACAACAAGACCUGGAACAGAGGAAAAACGAACUGACACUACUGCUCCUAGGUGGGGCGUACUCUGGAAAGAGCACAUUCGUUAAGCAGUUACGUAUCCAUUACGGGGACGGAUUUCCGGAGGAUGAGAGAGGGCCGUAUAAGCAUCAGGUGCAUGACAACAUAUCCGGGGCCGUCCAUAAAGUUAUUGACCACAUGCGAAUAGAAAACAUCAAGUUUGACAACGACGCAUAUAUGAAUCAAGCCAUAGAUUUCCAGACACGAAACCCGGUGCUUGAUUUUAACGAGAUGCUUAAAAAGACUUACACCCCUGACGAUUUGCAACAACCGGGCAAGGGAGCUAACUCGCUUCUGGCAAUGGCGUGUACAGAACUGGGCAAACGCUUCGCAUAUAUGAGUGUGAAAUGUGGGGGUAUAUCCGAACAUGAUCAGAGACUAUUGCUUACAUUAUGGGAUGACAGCGGCUUUCAGCGGGCAUUCACCGAACUUGUUCACAGAAAGGGUGAAUCAGCUUGCCUUAGGCCGCAGGAAGUUUAUUUCUUAAGUAACCUAGAGCGUAUGUUGUCGGAGAAGUACGUUCCAACGCAUCAAGACAUUCUUUAUAUACGGAGGCCUACACUCGGCGUUAUUGAGCAUCUAUUUAACGUGGACGACCUCAUAUACAGGGUGAUUGACGUGGCGGGUCAGAAAAGCCAGAGGAAGAAGUGGAUCCAUGUGUUCGAGAAUGUGACAGUCGUACUCUUCUUUGUGGCCCUCAGUGCUUUCGAUGAGACAUUAGAAGAAGACGAAUCAUUGAACUCCCUUGAGGACAGUCUGCAGAUGUUCCAUGAAGUUUCACACAAUCACUAUCUUGAACGAACAGACUUCCUACUCUUCCUGAACAAGUACGAUCUCUUCACGGAGAAACUCAAACACGUCCAGUUCAAGACAUUUGUCAAGACCUACAGUGGCGACAACAGUCCAGAAACCUGUAUCAAAUACAUCAAGGACCAGUUCGAGCAAAGUCGCCCGUGUCACAAGCACGUGUACACACACGUUGCGUGCGCAACUGACGUCACUAUGAUGGCAGACGUCCUCUCUAAAGUUCUUAAUAUCGUGGCGGAAAUAAACUUUCGGAAAACUGGAGGACUGUUUUGAAUGCAAAAACUUGAUAUCCUGAAGUACUUUAUGUUUUCAUGUAAGUGUUAGUUAAAGUACCUAUUAGUUGCGAAUUAUUUUCUUUGUCUAAGCUGAACUUUUUUCGAUGUGUCUACGUCCACUCGGAAGUUUAAGCGUGAAGUAUAAAACUCAGAAAACGAUACACGUGAUACACUGUGUGUAAAGUGUUCAGAGUUAACACAGUAAUUGAAGAUUGACACAUAUGAAAUGAUUCAUGGUAUUCAAAAGUAUUGAAAUUAAUAGGGUUAACUGUUGCAAUAAGUCCAUUAUUAAUUGUACAAUGUGGUGAAUUAUUUUGAUAUACUUUGAUUUAUCACAGAAAUGUUAUGAUAUUACAUAACUUUAUAAACAGAGGAUUUUUUUAAAUGAUACAGUUGUUGACGUAAAAUAUGCUGCUUUCAUCCAGAUAUAUUGAUAUGUAAGUCUUCACUCGGUUGCGUUUAUGACAAUUAAAACGGUAAGAACAAAAAUGUUUAUUCAAAAAUGAUCUGUAGAAGUAUUGUAAUUAUCUAUUUCUAUGCAAUGUAGUUCUACAAUAUUUUAUUUUUGUACAUUGUCAUACCAUUUUGAAAGGCUGUGCUCAGGCACAGUUUUAUUGUUGUAGAUAGCAAAUUUCAGCCAUCAAGCGGCUGUACAUAUAUGCUAGUUAUGUUUGUCUCUGUAGUAAUUGUAUAAAGAUCUUUAGGAAUAAUACAGAUCACACAGAUUACUGAUGUGUUCGGCCAUAAUUGCCUGACAAUGCGUCUAUAAAAAUGUCGAUCUUUGUAAGAAUGAAGAACAUGAUUAAAAGCAGGUCUGGAAUAUAAUUAUCAAUUCGUUGUUUAAUUAGUUUAGAACAUUACCUAUUCCGAUCUUUAAAUACCGAAAGGUAGGUAUUGCUUCAUUGCAUGCAUGUUAGUAUUUCAACUUCUGAAUAAGUAAUGUUCUUGUGAACGCUCCUUAAAUGCCUUUUAAUAAUCAAAAACGUGACAAACCAUUCAAAAGAGAUACUUUCGCGUAUACUUUGCAUUACUUGCACAUUAUAUGGCGUUGUUUGUUAUCAAUGUUGUUAUUAAUGUUGUUUACAGCUGUAACUUGUUAUUACUUUGUUGUAUUUCUAAUAUAAAUCAGUCAACCACA